UGCAUCAGCAGCUGGGCUCUGAUACGGUAACCUCCCCUUCCUUUUCGGAUAUGAAGCACCACGUUCCGAACGAAGUAGUCGCCGUUGAGGCAUCCAGACUAGCCUGGCCGAGAGAAAUCCGGAUUGCAUGCAUGCGCUGCGCUGGUUCUAGACUGGGCGUCCAAAAGCAGUGCUCGGUUAAAGGAGGCCCACAGUUCAUCCCCCACGAAUUUGAUCUGACCCACUCGCCACGAAUGGGCAUCGUUCAUCUCAAAUUCAUCACCGGGACCUUGUUGUAUCUACAGUAUUCCCCCUUUUGCAUCGCCUGCAUAUCCCAUCGCAUCGUGUCGGCUUUUGAUGGGGGCAGCGGAAUCCAGGGCAGGGCGGCCUGCCUCGACAUGACACACACAGCAUGA